AUGGUGUCGUCAUUUGUGCGGCACGCUACUGGCUCUUGCUUUGAGCCUACGAUACGGCGAUUAUUCAAUCUCAGUGCGAAGAGGGCAUUCUCAACAACGAGGCCGACAGCGCGCAUUGUUUCUAGCACGCCGUUGAGAGCAAAAGAUUCGUCCUCGUCCUUUGUUCAUAAUUACACUGUUAUAGAUCACGAAUACGAUGCGCUAGUUAUUGGGGCUGGAGGUGCUGGUCUUCGAGCCGCUUUUGGCCUGGCAGAAGCUGGUUUCAAUACAGCAUGCAUAUCAAAGCUUUUCCCGACGCGCAGUCAUACCGUCGCAGCACAGGGCGGUAUCAAUGCCGCCCUCGGCAACAUGCACGAAGACGAUUGGCGAUGCCACAUGUACGAUACGGUCAAAGGAUCAGAUUGGCUCGGCGAUCAAGAUGCCAUACACUAUAUGACACGGGAAGCGAUUGACUCGAUCGUAGAGCUUGAGCACUACGGUUGCCCGUUUUCUCGUACAGAGGAUGGCAAGAUAUAUCAACGGCCAUUGGGCGGACAAACUCGAGAUUACGGCAAGGGCGGCCAAGCAUAUCGUACUUGUGCUGCAGCCGACAGAACUGGCCAUGCAAUGCUGCACAGUCUUUAUGGACAGGCACUGCGGCACAAUACCAACUUCUUCAUCGAGUACUUCGUUUUGGAUCUCAUCAUGCAAGACGGCGCAUGCUGUGGAGUUUUAGCGUAUAGCCAGGAGGAUGGUACGCUGCACCGAUUCUUUGCCAACCAUAUCGUCUUGGCUAGUGGUGGCUAUGGUCGAGCAUAUCUGAGCUGCACGUCGGCACAUACGUGUACUGGUGAUGGGCUAGCAAUGGCUGCAAGAGCCGGUCUCGCGAACCAGGACUUGGAGUUUGUUCAGUUUCAUCCAACAGGAAUAUACGGGGCUGGCUGCCUCAUUACAGAAGGAGCGAGAGGUGAGGGAGGAUAUCUGCUGAAUUCUGAAGGCGAGAGAUUCAUGGAGCGAUAUGCACCAUCCAGCAAAGAUUUGGCGUCGCGCGAUGUCGUAUCCCGCUCCAUGAUGAAAGAGAUUAGAGAAGGCCGCGGGGCUGGAUCUGAUGCAGAUCAUAUUUAUCUCCAGCUGAGCCAUAUGCCACCUGCCGUUUUGGAAGAGAGGCUGCCCGGAAUCAUGGAAACUGCCAGUGUAUUUGCGGGAGUUGAUAUUCGCCGUCAACCUAUUCCUGUGCUGCCGACCGUACAUUACAACAUGGGCGGCAUACCGACCCGCUACACUGGUGAGGUGGUAACGGUGGAUAGCCAAGGCAAAGAUGUUGUAGUCCCUGGACUUUAUGCGUGCGGAGAGGUAGCGUGCGUAUCUGUACAUGGAGCCAACAGACUAGGAGCUAAUUCCCUACUUGAUCUGGUCGUCUUUGGUCGAGCUGUUUCGCAUACAAUUCGAGACAACAGUACGCCAGGUGCAGCAUUGAGGCCAACAGCAGCCGACGCUGGCUCAGAGCAUAUCGAGGCGCUUGAUAAAGUUAGGGUAUCUGAUGGAGCCACCAGCCCACAUAGCAUUCGCCUGGCCAUGCAGCAGACAAUGCAGCGCGAUCUUAAUGUCUUUCGCACUCAGGAAAGCCUUGAUGAAGGAGUGGCCAAGAUGGAGCGAAUCGACAGCAUGUUCCACGAUAUUGGGCUGCAAGACCGAGGCAUGAUAUGGAAUUCUGAAUUGGUGGAGACUCUUGAGCUGAGAAACCUUUUGACAUGCGCCGUUCAAACGGCAGUGUCUGCAGCGGCCAGAAAAGAGUCGCGUGGCGCUCAUGCGCGGGAAGAUUACCCUGAAAGAGAUGACAAGAAUUGGAUGAAGCAUACGCUGAGUUUCCAAAAGAAUCCCCAUGGUCCGGUGGAGUUGGCAUAUCGAGACGUUAUUACCAAGACGCUGGAUGAGGCGGAGUGUCCCAGCGUCCCCCCGUUUAAGCGGGAAUAUUAGACGAUUCAAUCGUGAAUUAGUAGAUGAAUAAAUUUCUUAUAUAUUCGUCUUCCUGUGAUGAAUUAGUGUAUUAAUAAUGUUUCCCAACGUUUGUUUGAGACAAAGAAAAAAGAUCAAACUCCGACUUUCCAGGCCGUCUUUGUACUUUGGCUUCAGCGACUCACCUUGACGCAGUGUUUGCCGCCGCAAGCCGCCUGCACCCACUGAAUCAUACCUUCUCAGCAUCUCCCUCCGUCCUCCUCGCCCCCCGUAAACGC